AUGUCGGCUCCCAACCCCAAGGCCUUCCCUCUGGCUGAUGCCACGCUCACCAACCAGAUCCUGGACCUGAUCCAGCAGGCUUCGCACUACAAGCAGCUCAAGAAGGGCGCCAACGAGGCCACCAAGACGCUCAACCGUGGUAUCUGCGAGUUCAUCGUCAUGGCCGCCGACGUCGAGCCCAUCGAGAUUGUGCUCCACUUGCCUCUGCUGUGCGAGGACAAGAACGUGCCCUACGUCUUUGUCCCCUCCAAGACCGCCCUUGGUCGUGCUUGUGGUGUCUCGCGCCCUGUUGUCUCUGCUUCGGUCACCACCAACGAGGCUCGUGAGCUGCAGAGCCAGAUCCAGACCGUAAAGCUUGCUAUCGAGCGUCUCCUCAUCUAA